AUGACACCGAAUGAGCUGAACUAUUCGCCAAUUGAAAAGUUGUGCUUGACACUUGUCUUCUCAAUUCAAAAGAUGAAGCAUUAUUUUCAAGCGCAUGUUGUCCGCCUCAUUUCUAGAGGAAAUCCCAUCAAGUUUGUUAUGUCAAAACCUGUCCUUAGUGACCGACUAGCAAGAUGGGACCUCCAAUUCCAACAGUUUGAGAUUGUGUACAUCCCUCAGAAAGCUAUGAAGGGACAAGCAUUAGCGGAUUUCUUGGCAGACCAUCUGAUACCCGAUGAUUGGGAGUUAACUGAUGAUCUUUCUGAUGAAGAUGCGAUGUCUAUUGAAAUUCAACCUCCUUGGAAAAUGUACUUUGAUGGGGCUGCACAUCGUAGCGGAGCUGGCGCUGGCGUAGUGUUCAUCACUUCGCAAGAAAAGAUUCUACCAUUCUCCUUUACUUUGAAGCAGUGUUGCUCUAAUAAUGUCGCUGAAUACCAAGCAUUGAUACUUGGACUUGAGAUGGCCGUCGACAUGAAGCAAUUACACUUACAAGUGUUUGGUGACUCUCAGUUGGUGAUCAACCAACUCUUGGGGAGUUAUGAGGUGAAGAAGCCCGAAUUGCGUCCUUAUCAUGGCUAUGCCCAAAAGUUGAUAGGAUGGCUUGGAGAUGUAACUCUUCAACAUGUGCGUAGAACGGAAAAUAAGAAAGCUGAUGCAUUGGCUGCCCUAGCUUCAACUCUAACCCUUCCUGAUCAAACACAAGUUACUAUUUGUCAAAGAUGGAUAGUACCACCGCCAAAUGAGGAAGAAUAUAUAGAAAAUGAGCUUGAGCAUCUCGUUGUUGUUUCUGAAGCCGUAAAGGAAGAUUGGAGACAACCCAUUAUUGACUACAUGUGUUACGGGAUACUUCCAGAAAAUCCAAGGAGAAGGACUGAUAUUCGUUAUCGUGCACCUCGCUUCCUUUACUACAAGGACACAUUAUAUAGAAGAUCAUUUGAGGGUGUACUAUUACGAUGUUUGGGAGAGGAAGAGGCAAUUCAAGCUCUGCAAGAAGCACACUCAGAAGUAUGUGGAUCACAUCAAUCUGGACCGGAACUCCACUUUCACAUAAAAAGGAUGGGGUAUUAUUGGCCAACCAUGGUGAAGGAUUGCUUAGAUUAUGCUCGGAGGUGCGAUGCUUGUCAAUUUCAUGCAAAUUUCAUACAUCAACCGCCUGAAGUAUUGCACCCAACUAUCGCAUCUUGGCCAUUUGACGCUUGGGGAUUGGAUGUUGUGGGACCACUACCAAAAUCUUCUGGUGGACACUUGUACAUCUUGGUUGCAACAAAUUACUUCUCAAAAUGGGCUGAAGCUGUCGCUCUUAAAGAAGUGAAGAAAGAGAAUGUUGCAAAUUUUAUCCGAGUGAAUAUCAUCUAUCGCUUUGGCAUCCCUCGCUAUAUAAUAACAGACAAUGGCAAGCCAUUUGAUAACAAGUUAAUGAACAAAAUUUGUGAUCUCUUUGGUUUCAAGCAGCGUAAAUUUUCUAUGUAUCAUGCUGCCGCCAAUGGUCCUGCUGAAGCAUUCAAUAAGACUCUAUGCAACCUCCUAAAGAAAGUUGUCUCCAAGUCCAAAAGGGAUUGGCAUGAAAGAAUGGAAGAAGCUUUGUGGGACAUUAAACACAUCCCUUCACACCUUAAGCUUAAGCAUUCCGGACCUUGUAACACCUUGAGAGUAGUAUUUUUUUUCAAGGCGGGGACGUUAAACACAAUAUUCUAG